AUUGGGAAAUUACGAGGAGUCCUGAAGGCAGCAGAAGAGGCAGUUAGGGACAGGGUCCGGACAGGCUCAGCUGUAUUUCUAUUUUUGGACAAAUAUUUUGAGAUGGAUCCACAACCUCCGCCAAAGCCAUGGGAAAGGCGGAUUCCGGGGGCUAUGAGCGCACCUAUAAACUACAGGUCGACAGACUUUGGACCUGCAUCAGGCCUUUCCUCUUCUGCUGGUCCUCCUGUCCUGACCAGAAUGGCUCCCCCAGUGCCCCCUCGUCCCGUCCAGCAGUCCUACCGUCCAUCUUACAGCUCUUUCGCCUCCUCUUACAGCCCCUAUGGGAGCUCCAUAUACAACGGUUACAGCCCCUACAGCUACGGUGGUGCCUAUGGUGGUGGCUAUGGCCUGGGAGGCUACAACCGCUUCUCCCACACAGAAGACGCUGUCGCCCCCAGUCGCUUUGUGCAGCAGGCAGAGGAGAGUAGCCGCGGUGCCUUCCAGUCCAUUGAAAGCAUCGUCCAGGCCUUUGCCUCGGUCAGCAUGAUGCUUGACGCCACAUUUUCAGCUGUAUAUAACAGUUUCCGUGCUGUGCUGGACGUAGCCAACCACUUUACAAGGCUGCGUGCGCAUCUCACUCGAGUUUUGUCAGCAUUUGCCCUGGUGCGUACAUUACGCUACCUGUACCGACGGCUGCAGAGGCUGCUGGGACGGGGUUCAGAUGUUGAAGACUUGUGGGCUGACAGCACAAGUGAAGCCCUGGCUACGAGUUCAUCCAGAGCAGGGAUGGAUGAUCAUAGCGUUAAGUCCUGGCCAAUCUUUCUGUUCUUUGCUGUUGUAUUGGGCGGACCAUACCUCAUCUGGAAGCUGCUGAGCUCCACUUCUCCCUCUGAAGAAAGUGCUACUAACUGGUCCAGCGGGGAGGACGACCACGUGGUGGCCAGAGCAGAGUACGACUUUGCAGCUGCAUCUGAGGAGGAGAUUUCUGUGCGGGCCGGAGACAUGCUCAACCUCGCUCCUAAAGAGCAACAGCCCAGGGUGCGUGGCUGGGUGCUGGCCAGCCUGGACGGGCAGACCACAGGGCUUGUCCCCGCCAACUAUGUCAAGGUCCUCGGCAAAAGGAGAGGUCGUAAGCAUGCUGAGAUGGAGAGGCUCGCUCAGGCCCAACCAGGAAACGCACAGGGCUCCCAGGCCACCUUGGCUGCACAACCACAGGCGGUUCAAGCUCAAGGCUUUACCCCAGAUCCCUCAGCCUCUGCCUCAGUUUCCUCAGAGAAGCUGCUGGAAUCAGUGUACAGAGAAACACCAGCUUCCUUUGGCCUGGGAACAUCCAGCUCCAGCAUCCCCUCCAGCACAGUGCUAAACAUCCCUGAGAAGAUGGACCUGUGAUAUAUGUUCAUGUUGGCAGAGCUUUUCAUUGAUCGGCUCAGUCAGUACUUGUUUGCAAUGUUUGACCUAUAAUCAGCUGACAGUAGAUAUGUGGGAGGUAACACCAUGAACAUCAACAAUCGCUAACGGUAGUUUUUGAUUCAAUUGACUGAAUGCGAUGUAGACCUUGUGAUGCGGUAACUGGUUGAAAAUGGUUUGCACACACAGGCUCACUGUGUUGUAUUUUAAGAGAUUUACCUUUCUUUAGUCAAAGCUUGUACAAGAACGUUUUGUGUAUUCUCCUCAUAUGUUUAAGUUCAUGAGGUGCACUGGUACAUCAUCUGUAUACAAACAGUGUAUAAACAAAGCCAAGGAAUUUUGUUGGAAAAAGUGAUCAUGUAACCUGGUUUUCUGUUUCUUGCUCUCUCUCCUGAAGGCUGCCCCUCUGUAUUGUCUUCUGUGUGAAGCAAAUAGGAUUAAUCCAGAAAAAGAAGUGACUAAUUUUGCACAUUUUCAACAAUUCUUAGUCACAUAAUGUAAUUUUGUAAAUAAAUAUAAUUAUUUUCAAAAAUC